AGAUCCGGUUUAUUGCACGGGCCGUUCGAACUGAACGGACCGAUGUCUGUUAAUAGCAAGGAAAAGCUCUGCGUGAGCACUUUUGGGAUCUGAAACGGAGUUUGUAGUCGUAGAGUCUGAUAGAUUUUAUAUGUAUAAAUUAUAUAGAUGAAAGCAAUCAUUUGGGUAUGAAAAAAUCGAUUCUUUUUUUCAAAUUUUUGUCUCUUUAUUUAAUAUUUUAAUGCUCCAAAUCUGACGCCAUGAGGAAGAAGCUCGAUACCCGUUUCCCGGCUGCUCGGAUUAAAAAGAUAAUGCAAGCUGAUGAAGAUGUUGGGAAGAUUGCACUGGCAGUGCCUGUUUUAGUUUCUAAAGCAUUGGAAUUAUUUUUGCAAGACCUUUGUGACCGUACCUAUGAUAUAACCCUUCAGAGAGGAGCAAAGACUAUGAGUUCAUUGCAUUUGAAACAUUGUGUCCAAAGGCACAAUGUAUUUGAUUUUCUGAGGGACAUUGUCAGCAAGGUUCCAGACUAUGGUCAUGCUGAUGCUGCUGGUGAUGAUCGAACCAUGUCAAAAAGAAGGAAAGCUGCAGGGGAUGAAUUCAAUGAAAGCGAUGAAGAGACUAAAAGGAGCAGGAUGCAUGAGAUGAGUCCUGUCAGCAGCAGUGGCAGAGGGAGAGGCAGGGGACGUGGAAGAGGCCGUGGUCGGGGCAGUCGAGCAAUAGAGAGAGAGCCUGUUCCACAUGAUGUAGAAUCUGACCCCUGCACAUCUUUGCCACACAGCAGUAAACAUGACCCCAACUUGGGAAGGCCAAUACCCAACAUUUCUGAGUCAAAGGAAUUAGUGAAGGAUAAUACUGCAGUGAGUGAUGGUGCAAAUCCGGUGGUUCGAAACUUUGAUCUGAAUGCUAAUGUAGAUGAAGAUGUUACGGCCACAGCAGCCACCAAAGCAACAGCAGCACCAGCAGUACUAGCACCAGCACCAGCACCAGCACCAGCAGCACCAGCACCAGCACCAGCAGUACCAGCACCAGCACCAGCAGCAGUGGAUGUCCGUGACUCAUCGGCAGAGACUGCCACUGAGGCUAAACAUGAAGAGUAUCCUGGCUGGUCACUUUCUGAAAUGGACAGAAUGGCAAUUGAUCCAGUCCAGCUUGCACAACUCAAUUCUAGGAUAGACGAGGAGGAAGAUUAUGAUGAGGAAGGGUGAGUAGACAUGCUUCUCAAAAGGUUAGUUAUGGGGGAAUUGAGACUAGUGGGAAGCACCUAUGGAGACAAAAGGAACAACCACAAAGAUGGCCUAUACAUGAUGUGAUGAACCGUAUGUGGUAUGCAGCACCUAUUCCCAAGAAUCUCUUCAAUUUUUCCAGGGGUUGUAUCAUCUUAAGCUGGCUAUUAAUGCCAUCUGCUAACAUUAUCAGAGGUAGUAGCUGACAAUUGGAGAAAUAUUAGGGUUUGCUCUUAAUUAGCAUUAAAGAGUAUGUGAAAUUCUCAGUAGAGGUAGAUUGUCAUUCAGAAGUUUCUUCUUUUGUUUUAUUAAUAUAGCAUCUUAUCUAAUCUAGUAGUGUUAUUAAAACUCACUUGUGUUUCCC